CUUAAGUAUUGGAUGACGCAAUGGUUUGGUUCAGUUAACAUCUUGUUUUUUAUGAUAACCUCUUACACAUACUAAGUCACGUCAUCACCACCCAUUUUAACCAGGGACCUAUAUACUAAGAGGUCCCUGUUUUAACCAAUCAAAUAGUUCCGUGAAAGUAUUUCUUAUCUCAUUGCUAAUUUAUAUUAUUGGUGUGUAUUUGAUGUCUGGAUUGUCAUUUGUAAGAAAAACAUAAAAAUACAAGUAGGCUCUUCAUAGUCGUAUAAUACAACAUUAAGUCACAAAGUAUAUUACUGCUAUAUGAUACGUAACAGUAUAAGGAGUUCAGGGCCUCAGGUAAACUGACGUGGUAUUUAACUAUCUGAAAGCAAUGCCUUAUAAUUCUGUCUAAAAGAUAAGAAUAAUCGUAUCGUGUAAUCAUUAUUGAAACAUAACGGUUUACUUUGUUUAUGCUAUGUCUUCCAAAUGUUUUAUCAUAUUUCAAUGUAAGUAUUUCAGUGUAAGAACAAGUGUGGUUAUAGUUCACGGACGCCUAGUUAGAAAAAAAUGUUCAUAUUUAACCAUUUCUAUUUUAGUCUUUAUUCAGGUUGCAAUUUCUCAAAAGCCGUUUUCCCUUAAAGUGGACGACAACGGGCGUUACUCAUUGUAUGUCAACGGUAAUGUUUGGUUGGACAGCGCACCGACUUUUUUCAGAGACCGUGGAAAACUUUUCUCUACUGGGGAUGGUACUUUAAAGCUCUUUUACACUGGUAACGAGGUUGGAGUUGACAAACUCGGAAAUUUUACCACCAAAGAUUACCUCUACAGAGCUGGGAGUAGGGAAUUUUUUGUCUCUAUACGACAGUAUGACGACCCGAAUUUCCUAGUAUUUGUCCAGAAUUACACAGAUGGAGCAAGUGCUACAAAGGCGAACUCUUUCGAUGAAAUAAUCUCUGGAUUUCCCGGAUUUCAAAUUCAAGAUGGUGUCGUUGAAAGAGGUUACUUGUCGUAUGGUGGAUACAUGUUAGGAGAUACUCAUAAAGUCAUUGGAAAGUUAGAUUUAAAAGUAUCACUUUCUUUUCUUUACACACACACACACACACACACACACACACACACACACACACACACACAAACAUUGACUUUCGUGUACAAAACACUGAAAAUAUUUUCCAGAUGGGGAAGUCAGACAGAGGAAAUUCGAGAUGGUCUAUCUGGAGGGCCGCUUGUGAUCUUUGAUAAAGAAGCUAAUACUCUGAUUAUCUCUCCUUUGACGGAGUUCAUGACAGUCUCCAACUGGCAUGAAGGUGGCGUUGGCGGUAACAUCUACUGGGGGAUUAUGGGAGGUGUUAAUGAAGUACCAUACCAUUACACUUGCAUGACAAUGGUGUAUUACACUAAAGGCAUUAAUAAGGCUUUUGAAGGAUGGGGGAAAACUUUAAAGAAGAUGUAUGGCAGUAAGGAGAAUUCUCUCGCACAAGAUCUUACUCUUCAUCGAGCUGGUUACUGGACAGACAAUGGUGCGUAUUACUAUUACAAAACAGAACCAAUGAAGAACUAUGAGCAGACGAUGAUGGACCUAAUAAAUAAAACCAUACCAUUCUUUAACUACUUCCAGUUCGAUUCGUGGUGGUAUUAUAAAGGAUCAUCUGGUGGAGUCAAGUUGUGGGAGCCACGUAAUGACAUCUUUCCCCAUGGCUUCGGAUAUUUCUACAACCAUACGUUUUCCUUGUUGGCUCUUCAUAAUCGAUACUGGUCCAAGGAUACUUCAUAUGCCAAACAAAAUGGUGGAAAGUAUGACUUCAUAGUUGAAGACUCAGGCGCUUUGCCUGUUGAACAGACUUUCUGGAAUGAUCUUUUGAACAAAACAUUGACAUGGGGUCUUGUUAUGUAUGAACAGGAUUGGUUGAACGUCCAGCUGGACAAACUAACAGCGUUAAAAACUAACCUGACUCUAGGAGAGGUGUGGCUGACUCAGAUGAACAAGGCGGCGAAAGCUAACAAUGUCUAUAUUCAGUACUGUAUGGCAAACCCCCGGCACGCUUUGCAGUCCCUCACUCUUUCUCAAGUUACACAAGUAAGAGUAAGUGAUGACUACUCCCCAGGCGGUGAACAAUGGCGGAUUGGUGUGUCGUCACUGUUAGCAUACGCAUUAGGUUUAGCGCCAUCCAAAGAUACUUUCUGGACUACCGAAAUACAACCUGGAAAUCGAUAUAGGAAGUCGGAGCCCUAUACACGAUUGAACGCCUUGGUUGCCACUUUGUCCACUGGUCCGUACGGGCCCAGUGACAUGUUAGGUCAUAUGGAUUUCAGUCUAAUUAACAAAUCUUGUUUCUCCUAUGGCGAAAUGACGCGACCAGCAAAGCCUGCUACUGCUAUGGAUAUUGAAUUCUUAAAGGAAGCAUUUGAGUCGACAAAAAUGGAAACCUGGUCGACCUACAGCAUUAAUAUGUUAAACAACACCGCAUUGAAGUGGGGAACCGUACUGGCUGUCGAAACUGUCGGUGAUGUAACAUUACAAUACAACGAUCUGGACUUUUUGAUUCCAGGAGUACCAUACGCUCUCUUCAGUUACGACAACCCAUCGUCAUUCCGAGAGUUUAACAAGUCGGAUAAGCUAGUUCUUCCUAAUAAUUGUACGAAGACUGAUUUUUGCCUUUAUCACUUCGUUCCAAAAAUGAAUCAUGGUGAGAAUGAGGUCUACUUAUUAGGAGAUAUAAGUAAGUGGUUGCCCGCAGCAAAUGGUAGGAUCAGAUCCAUUGUCUAUCAGGAAACGGAUCUAUUGAUAAACUUAUGGGGAAUGGCGGGUGAGGAAAUUACUAUUCACUAUGUACUGAAUGGCGAAAUAAAAUCCGGAACAUGUCCAAUCAAAACAACUGGAUUUAAUUGUAUAUCUAUGCUGAGCGGAAAAUGUGUUUAUUAAUAGUUGUUAAAAAGGACUGCGCGAGUUUAAACUCGUGUGUUGUAAUGCCAAUUUGAAUCUUUAAUGUACUCAAACACGUACAUGUGUAAUAAAAAUAAAUAAUAAAAUAAUUCAUCCAAUUUACAAA